AUGUCAGUUCUCGAUCAGCAGGUUCAUCAGCUUUCAAUGGGGUCAAAUGAUCGGUUCAAUGAUACAUUAAACGGGUUUACGAUUCCACAGGUUAAUAUAGGGGAACCAUUACCGAGUCAACCACUUGUUACUGAGGACACUACAUAUCACAACUGUUAUGAUUUAAGCUGUAACCUUUGUGGUCCGGCUAAUUAUUGCAUGACAACUAAAAACCGAAAAUAUGACUUCAUGGAGCCUGUGAGUAAUGAAUCAUUGAUUGGCAGCAGUCCUCCUGUGGAAGUGCUUUUAAGCUCUGUGAACACUUCAGAUAGAGACCAGUUUUCCCAAGACUUUUCUGCUUUUCAGCUUCCACCAUUGGUAGACAGUGGAGAUGUCUCAGUGGUAAACACAGAAUCUUUAACCAUGAAUUCAGGUCCAGAGGUCAGCCAAGUAGUUACUGAAGAUAUUAUUGGAAAUAAUCAGAUAUUUAAAGGGUCUGACGGGAAUGUGGAUACUACAAGUACAAAUUAUGAGCUCAAGGAACCACCUGCAUCUCGUUUGGAAGAAAAAAACAAUGAUCAAAAGCCGGAAACAAGUCAACUGGGCCCUAAAGUAAUAUGCGUGAAUAAUUCAGCUGCAGAGAUAACCCCAAGUGUAAUGGAAUCAAAUAAUAAGCAAACAGAGAUAACAUCUUUUGAUAACGGGUCAGAAUCAGGGUCUUUGAAUAUCAAGAAGCCAAGCACUUCGUUGGCUGAGUAUUUCAAUGCAUCUCAAAUCAAAGAAUAUCUGUCAACUUUCAUCAAACAUGAUAAGGAGAUAUUGGGAAGCUCGGUUAACCAAAACCCAUGCCAGUUAUGCUCCAUGCAUAAGCUACUGAUCGCCCCUGUACCGAUAUAUUGCUCAUCUUGUGACUCACGCAUAAAGCAAAAUGCUAGAUAUUAUCAAUCAUCAGAUGUGGAGAACACAGGCAUACAUCAUUAUUUUUGUAUGAAAUGCUACAAGGGAAAUCGAAAGGCUAUUAAUCUAAUGCGCGGAGGAUCCAUUUCCAAAACAAAUUUACAGAAGGCAAAGAAUGAUGAGGAAGGAGAGGACUCGUGGGUUCAAUGUGAUAGAUGUCAACAAUGGCAACAUAGGAUUUGUGGUCUAUACAAUGACGCAAGAGAUGAAGAAGGGAAGGCGGAAUAUAUCUGCCCCAAAUGUCUCUUAAAACAAAUGGAAGAUGGAAAUGAAGUCCCAUUAGCAAAAACCUUUUUGCGAGCAAAAGAUCUGCCAAAAACCAAUCUCAGUGAUCAUAUCGAGCAACGACUCUUUACGCGUAUGACGCAAGAGAGGAUAGAAACUGCAAGAUUUCAUGGAACAGCACUGGAAAAUGUACCUGAAGCAGAGGAUCUCGUUGUUAGAGUGGUGGUAUCUGUUGACAGAGAGUUGGAAGUAAAGAAGCAAUUUAGAGAUAUAUUUAACGGAGAAUAUUAUCCUGAAAAGUUUUCGUACAGAUCAAAAUUAAUUCUUUUGUUCCAGAAAGCAGGAGGCGUGGAAUUGUGUCUCUUUGGAAUGUACGUCCAGGAGUUUGGAUCAGAGUGUGCCAGCCCGAAUAAGCGUUGUGUUUAUAUCUUGUACCUUGAUUCUGUUAAGUACUUCCAACCAGAAAGAAAAACUGCCAGUGGUGAACCUCUCCGUACCUUUGUUUACCAUGAAAUAUUGAUUGGAUACCUUGAACAUUGCAAGAAACGAGGUUUUGCAAGUUGUUAUAUAUGGGCGUGUCCUCCAAAUGGAGAUGAUUAUAUCUUUUACUGCCAUCCGAAGACCCAAAAAACACCCAAGGAGAAUCAGCUACGACAGUGGUAUAAGUUGAUGCUAAGGAAAGCUGCGAAAGAUGGCAUUGUGGUGGAACAGACUAACUUAUACAAUCAAUUUUUCGUUCCUACCAAUGAAGAAAAUUCUAAGAUAACUGCGACACAUUUGCCAUAUUUUGAUGGUUCUUAUUGGUCGGGUAUUGCUGAAAUUAUAAGCAAGAAACUUGAAGAAGAAGAGAAUUCAGGGGGAUCGUAUAGCAAGUUACCGUCUAAACGAAUCUGGUUGUCCAUGGGACAAGACCGCCCUACAAAGGAUGCCAUAGUGAUGCAACAUCUCGGUGAAGAAAUUCUGCCUAUGAAAGAAAACUUAAUGAUUGUCCGGCUACAGCAUAUGUGCACAUAUUGCCAUGAAGUAAUAUUAUCUGGAAGCAGAUGGUCUUGCAACCGAUGCAACAAGAUUCAAUUAUGUUCAAGGUGUUUUGAAAAUGGCAAACUUCUUUCCACAAGUAGAGUUCACUCAUGCCAUUCUGGUAGCAAGCGUCCACUUUCUGAGUCUGCAUCGUGUGAUUUACCUCUUCAUACCAAGGAUAAUGAUGUUAAGCUUGUAAAUAAUUUCUCCGGGACCCGAGAUGAUUUCUUGAACAAUUGCCAAAAAUCUCAGUACCAGUUUGAUACACUCGGCCAUGCCAAGUAUUCCUCUAUGAUGAUUCUGUAUCAUUUCACAAACAGCCUUGUUGUCCUCCCGAUCUGCAGCCUUUGCUGUAAUCAAGUCCUGAUUAAUGAAUGCUGGCACUGUGAUACCUGUACAACACAUUACGUUUGUGGAUCAUGUUAUGAGACAAAAGGUGACACCUGUCAUACUCAUAAAUUAACUCACCCUUCACAAAAAGUUUACCCCGAAACCAAAAGUGAACAACCUGAGAACCAAAAGGUGCUGACGUUAAACGAAGCUCUAGAUGCUUUAUCUCAUGCCUCUCAAUGUAGAAGUAUCAAGUGUUCCUACCAUGGUUGUCUAAUUAUCAGAAAGCUCCUUUACCAUACCAAAAAAUGCAGAAAUGCCAGUGACUGUAGAAUUUGUAAACGAGCAUGGUUGGUACUGAAGAAGCACGCACAAAUUUGUAGAGAUUCGAAUUGUAGAGUUCCUCGUUGCAUGGACAUAGAAAAGAAGUGGAAUGCCUGCAUCCAGCUAAGAAUAAACAAAUUGCAAUCAAGUGGCAACAGUGGCGAUUGGCGAACCGUGUGAUGCAUAACAUUGGCAUCUUGGGUGAGCUAAGUAACACUUGAGGUUACAGAUGUGUACAGCUAACUGUAUAUACGUUAUGCUAAACUAAGUAACAAUGGCAAACCAUGUGAUGCAUAUCACUCUUUGCUGAUUCUUUGCACAUAUGCAGCAUUGUCUCGAGCCUUCAUAAAUGCAAUCAAAAUGGUCCUCCCAUAUAAGAAUGAUGUUGAACCAUGUAGAUAUGGCAAAUGCGAUUGUGUCUCAGGUGAUAUCGUUGAUCUAUAUAAGCAUGAUUUUAACUCCUCAAGCCAAAAACACCAUUGUGGGAGUUAAAUCGAGGGUUACAGCCUGUAAGGUGACCAAAACUCCAAGUCGUUUAUCCAUAUGAGAGGGAUUGUACAAACAUUCCCUCCAAACUGGAUCUACACUCCCAAAAUUCAUACCUCGGUAGAUGCAUCACACUCGGCAAAUCUCUAGUGGCUAUGAUGUGAUACCAUAUAACACCCCAACCCAAAGUCUCUGUCGUGUCUAUGUAAUUUGUUACCACAAUAUUAAACCACGGGGGAAGUAAUUUUACGCCACAUGUCCAGCUAGUAACGGAGCUGAACAUUAAGGGACCGGAGCCAAACAUUAAGGGAUCGGGGCUGGGCAUUACGUUGAGAAGAGAAUCGAGAAUGACCUCACCGCAGGUUUUGCUUGAAUUGUUCCUCCAAAGGUUAAACAAACGAAUUUUAUUUGUCUGUAGAUGCAACAAUUUAAGGUUUCUAGAUAUAAAUUCCGCACUUCUAAUGAUUUUCAGGCAUUCAUAUAUUAAAACGGAAGUAGUGUUGUUUAUUUGCUUUUGAUUACGUGUAACAUUUAGUUGGUGGAAUAUAUAUCUUGAACUU